AUGUCUGAUCAUAUUCCUGAAGCUAUCGUGCAGGAUAUCCUUCAUCGCUUAACACUCAAAGAUAUUGUUAAAUGCAUGUCAGUGUGUAAAACAUGGAAUAACAUGAUAAAAAGUCACACCUACAUAUCCUCACACCUUAAGCGCACUCUCUCCAGCCCCACCCCUCCUCAUUUUCUUUUGCGCCAUUUACUCCCCUCGAGAAAGGAGCAUUAUUCUAUCUGCUCCUCUUCCUUUGACAAAAUCGAUAAUAUCCAAUACUCUUUCCCAAAUGAAGAAAUCCUCACCUUAGUGGGCGUGAUCAAUGGUGUCGUUUGUCUCUCCGAUGAUUACUAUAGACUCACUGAUGAUAUCGUACUCUGGAACCCUUUGAUACAGAGACAUUUGCGACUCCCAACCCCACUAAUCACCGCGGAAACAUUGGGCGAUGAUUACAUAUUCAAACUUGGGUUCGGGUUUGAUUAUGUCAAGAAUGAUUUCAAGGUGGUGAGGCUUUGUUAUACUUUGAGGGAAUACGCGGUUCCACCAACGGUGGAACUAUAUUCCCUCAACGAAAGUGCUUGGAGGAUCAUUGAUGCCUCAUACCUCGACGUAAGGGUAAUUGGGUCCAUACAAUGUUUUUUUCAUGGAAAUGUACAUUGGCUUGCCUAUGAGGAUACCCCAAAGAAGUUCACUAAAUCUUCAGUACAAAAAUGUAUAUUGAUGUUCAAUGCAGUGGAGGAGCGAUUCAACAAGAUGGAACUUCCGGAGGAGGUGACUAAGAGUUCUAUGUGGUGGCCUGACUUGGUCAUAUGUGUGAUUGAUGGGUGCCUCUCGCUUAUAAAGUAUCCUAAGGAUUCUUCUCCCAUCUUUAACUUAUGGAUGAGGAAAGAUUCAUGGAGUCAGGUUUAUGCUAUUUGUUUAAAUGAAGGGUUUAAAUCCUUGUGGGGAAUUUUCUCAUCUCAAUACCCAGGACGAAUAAGCCAUUAUGAUUCACAUAAUGAAAUAAUGUCCUUGCAUUCUCUUGAUCUCAAGAGCCAAGAUAAGCAUACUGAUAUCCAAUAUAUAGUAGAAGAGUUUUGUGCUUAUGAUUAUAGAGAGAGCUUGGUUUUACUUGACAAAGAAAGCAGUGUUGCAAUGUUGGGGCAAAAUGAAGAAUCAUCCGAAAGCUUAAAGAUGGUGGGACAAAAGAGGAGGCGUGAAAGUUCUGUUGGACCAAACCCAAAAUCAGAUUAA